UUGAAAACCCUGCAUAGAUUAUGAACAUUCAAAAUUUUGAUCAAAAAUAAAAUCAUAGACAAAACAGCUUCUCAAAUUUCUUUGUUACUCAAGAUUGAUCGAUAUUUUUACAAAAUUCCUGACUAAAUAAAUGUCAACAUUCUUUCGUUAAAUCCUUAGGACAUUUUCUCAAGGCAUUGUGGCCGGUGUAUUCAGAAUGCAGGUGUUAUUUGGUUCCACUUGGUUUUUCUCUCUACUAUUCGCCAUUUUCUUCUUCUUCGUGUUAUUACCUUCAUUCUUGUCUGCUGUUACUGAAGAAGAAGCUUCAUUGAUUGUUCGCAGACAACUCUUGACCUUUCCUGAACAUGGAGCUUUGCCUGACAAUGUUGAAUAUGAAAUCGAUAUAAAGGAAACAUUUGCAAAUAAAAGACUUCGUCGAGCUUAUAUUGGUCUUCAAGCAUGGAAGAAAUCUAUGUAUUCAGACCCAUUUAAUACAACUGGGAAUUGGGUUGGACCAGACGUAUGUGCCUAUAAUGGUGUCUUUUGUUCACCUGCUCUUGAUAAUCCAGAUAUGAGUGUUGUUGCUGGUGUUGAUAUUAAUGAGGGAGACAUUGCUGGUUACCUUCCUGUAGAAUUAGGUUUGAUGAAUGAUAUUGCUCUGUUUCAUGUGAACUCAAACCGUUUUUGUGGGGUUGUUCCCCAGAGCUUUUCAAGACUGACGAUACUUCAUGAACUUGAUCUCAGCAACAACAGGUUUGUGGGUCCUUUUCCAAAAGUCGUUCUUUCAAUUCCUGCACUCAAAUAUCUUGAUCUUAGGUUUAAUGAUUUUGAAGGUAAGUUGCCUCCAGAGCUCUUUAAUAAGGAUCUAGAUGGUUUGUUUUUGAACGACAAUCGAUUCCACUCUGAUCUCCCCGAAAAUUUUGGAAACUCGCCAGUCUCAGUUGUGGUUUUGGCCAACAAUAAAUUCACAGGGUGCAUCCCUAAAAGCAUUGGUAAGAUGGGUGGCACGUUGAAUGAGAUAAACUUACUUAAUAAUGAAUUUGCUGGAUGUAUACCAACAGAGGUUUCGUCCCUGACGAAUUUGACAGUAUUCGAUGCGGGAUUAAAUUCAUUUGUAGGAGACAUGGAUAACAGAUUCUGCCCCAUGAAACUUCUUGAGAUUUUGGAUUUGUCGGGAAAUUCUUUAACGGGGCUUGUCCCAGAAAAGGUAUGCAAGUUGCCUAAGUUGGAAAAUUUUACAUUCUCAGAUAAUUUUUUUAACGAAGAGUCACAUUUAUGUGUUCCAUCAAGCAACUCCAACACGUACUUUGAUGAUUCAAGAAACUGUCUGCCUUCUAGGCCAAUACAAAAGACAACAAAAGUAUGUACCCUCGUGGUGAACAACCCAGUUGACUGCAAUAAUUCUAAGUGUGUAGCUUUACCCGUAUCUAAUAAACUGGGGCCUCCACCAGGCACGACGAAGACACCCACGCCAACUCCAACUCCUUCGUCCCCAAAACCUCAACCACAACCGCAGCCAACACCGAGAUCUCAACCGCGACCAUCACCUCAAUCACAACCAACUUCAUCGCCAAUUGAUGUACCACAACAAUCAAACACAUCACCUUAUUCUAACAAACGGUCAAGCCCAACUUUUAAAUCAAAACCAUAUCUGGUUCCCAUUCCCUCAAAAAAGCCAUCAUCUCCGUCACCCAAAUAUAAAUUACCCCUCCAAGAGAUGAAAUCACCUCCUGUUUACUCUCCACCACCCCCGGUUCUAACCCCUGAAAGUAAAUCCCCUGUAAAAAGGAUGAGACCGCCUCCUAUACAUUCUCUCGUACCAUCUGUAAACUCUCCAAUACCACCACCACCGAUUCACUUCUCGACACCACCAACAAUUCACUCCUCACCGCUCUCAAGAAAAUCUCCUGUCCAAGAAAAGAGAUCAACUAAUCUUAACUCCCCACCAUCGGUUCCAACGCCCAAAGGUAAAUCCCCUGUAGAAAAGACAAGAUCACCUCAUGUAUACUCUCCACCACCACAUGUAUACUCUCCUCCACCGCCAGUUCACUCUCCCUCACUGUCUAUUCAUUCUCCGCCACCCCCAGUUCAUUCUCCCCCACCACCAGUUCACUCUCCUCUACCACCAAUUUACUCGCCACCACUACCACCACUAGUUUACUCACCGCCACCACCAGUUCACCCGCUUCCACAACCAAUAACUCACUCACCCCCACCACCUGCAUCCUCCCCACCACCACCAUCACCACCUAUGAGCUCUACUCCACCAAUCACAUUACCAGAUUUAAUCCUACCACCAGAUUUAGGCUUUGCUUAUUCAUCGCCUCCUCCACCCGUGUUCCUAGGUUACUAAGUAGUGUACCUUGAAAUCUCUACACCUACUCUUUAGCAGUCAACUUUUACAUGUCUGAAAUGAAAACUGAACAAUCUUUUUAGCUAACUGAAAGAUCCGCGCAUUUGGCAUUGUAACCAAUAUCUCAUCAUUCAAUCGAAUUCUUUCAUCAAUUGAAGGGAAAUAUGCACACAAGACUAUUAAGUAAAACAUCAAAAUUGUAUUUAGUAGGCCAAGACACAGAUAUGCAAACAGAUCAAUACUAAUACAUUUUGUUGAUUACUCACCAAAUUGACUUUUUCAUUUUAUGACAUCUUUGGCACCUUUUUGUUCCAAUAGUCUGUAUUAUAGGAAUAAGAACAUCUUCAUGUAAUGAAUGUAUUUAAGUGUAGCUAGGAAUGAAUGUGUAAGUGAUUCGUUACAUUUCAAAGUAAAUACCAUAUGCAAACAAGUAAGAUAA